AGACUCUGCCGUUGGUGGCCCCCAAUCCAGGCUAGGCCCCUGUGCCCACAGAACCCGCCUUCCCAGGCCAAUAACUUCCCCAAUCAAGGCACUGACCUUUCAGUGUGUCCAGCCCAGAGAGGCUGAGCAGGGUCAGCUUUAACUUCUGACUCCCUCUCCGCAAAGGCCUCCCGAUUCUCUUCUCCUCCACCAACAGGGACAGGGUGGGUGGCAUGGCGUGGGAAGGCCUGCGCCUGCUCAUGCACCCUGUGGCCCUGGUGCUGCUGGUCCCAGGCUCCUGGGGACUGACGGUCACACCUGAGGAGCUUCGUGAAGUGGUGGGAGGGACCCUGUUGGUGCAGUGCUGGUCCUCGCCCCAGGAAGGACCCUACGUGCAGAAGACCUGGUGUCGGCAGAGGUCUCCUGGCAGGUGCACCAGGCUGGUCACCACCUCCCAGCCUCUGACAGCCGUUGAAAAUGCUCAACACACAAUCUGGGACCACCCCAAGGCUGGCUUCUUCAUCGUCACCAUGACUCAGUUGAGGGAGGAAGACUUGGGCAUCUACUUGUGUGGAAGCUUCAACUCGUCCCAGAACCUGAUCAACACCUUCAGAAACAUCACCCUGGUGGUGUCUCCAGCCUCAGUCUCCUCUGUGGGGACUAUAACCUGGCUCCCAACAAUGACAGCUCUGAUCACUUCUCCGGAGGGAACCUCCAGCCCUUCCGUCAAUGGCUCUGAGCAGGGGGAGUCAGGCUCUUCCUCCUUCCCGGGCCCUGCGUCCCCUGAGCUCCUGCUCUCAGUGCAGUAUGGACUCCUCCUGGCCAAGGGCCUGGUGCUCUUCAUCCUGUGUGUGCUCCUGAGCUUCUGGCGACCCCGGGGUCGUAGGACAUGGCUGGGACAGUAAUGAUGGGGGUCUCUGAUUCUGCUAGCACAGCCCAGGCCCCAGAACUUUGGGUCCAUUCAGCCACAUCUCUGGAUACAGGAACAAUACCUAUUCCCUUCCCCUGGCCCCCUACUGGACACUCCCAUGAGCAUUGAACACCACAGCUCUGUGAGAAAAAGCCAGCAGGAGAAAACUUCCAGUAGCUGAAUUCAUCAGGGGUGACCCUCACCUUGGAUUUGAGCACUUUACGAUCCAUUUUCCUGGCUCUGACCUCCCUCCAAGCUGACCAACCAUGGGAAGUUUAUCUGCAUCCCACUCUGUGCAAGGCCCAGCUGAGAUCUUCCCCUACUCCACACGGGCUCCUCCUCUCCCAGGACUCCCUCCUUCAGUCUCCUUGCCCAGCUGGGCAUCAGGAUCCUUUGUGGACUCUGUUACUGGGAGAGCUGUUUGCUUCCUCGGGACCUUGGAUCAAACCCUUGGGUUGAAAUGUCUCGUGGCGACUGAGCAAGAUGGCACACCUGUCUCCCUUGGCUUCCUCUCCUCUCACCCAGGUAUCUUAAAUGAGAUAAAAUGACUUAAAUAUAAAUCAUAAAAUUGAAACUUCAAAGGCUGGGAUCUGCAGACUGGAAACUGAAGAAGUCCUAGAAGGUGAAAAAAAAACUCAGACGCAAUUAAAAUGCCCCAAAUCUCCCCCAAUGGGAGCCCAAAUAUUCAUCCACAAAGAAGAUCUGGCCACCAGGGUCUGAUAUUCUGUUGUUGGUCCUGUGAGGAAUUCUCGUAGCCUGAAAGAGAAAACCAAGCCCUACAAACAAGAUACCAUCCAUAGAACAACACAAGGCCAGCGUCAUAGUUCAAACAUUUAACAUGCAGCACAGCCUGGGCACUGGCCACUCAGAAUGGGUGUCCUCCAUGAACAGCUACUGCAUACUACCUGAAUGCCAGCCAUGGACAAGGACACCAUCCAGAGAGCACAGAAUAUGAAACACAAUGCAUCUCCUUUUCCUUCUGUUUUGGGGUGUCAAGUAUAGAAGUUUCCUCAUCUGUAGCUUGGCUCACACCACAUGACCAUCACCUAUCUGUGCAGACACCAUUUUUGCUUCAUUUGUUUAAUUUAGUCUUUUUACCCCUUUUCCUAUUUCACCUGCCUCCCCACCAAGGCAACCCCUCUGAUGCAUUUGGGAUGGAAACUUGAUUUUGAAUGCAUGUAAAAUAUGCAGUAUUUUUUUUUUCCUGUGACUGUAUUUUUUAACUUGCACAAAAGCAAUUGUGUUACUCCCU